CGCACGACUGGAGAUUAGAUUAUUGCGUUUUGGUAUUAAUAUACCUGCGGGGUGUAGCCGAAAGAUUAGGAAAGAAUGGGGGACGAGGGUUGAUGGUCAUUUUAUGGUCUACGUGAUAAUCAAUUGUUAUUGUGGGAAGAUUUGAUAAUUUUGUAAGAUUAUGUUAUGAAUGUUAUUGUUACAUGAAAGGUAAAGGUGUUUGUUAUUGCGACGAGGAUUCAGUAACAAUUAUCAUAUUUUAUAUUUGUCAAACGUGUUACUUUUUUGAUUAUGCAGAAUUUAUGUGUGUAGGAGUGAAAUAUUUAAGUAUUUGGAUAAAAGAAAAGUUCGUAUAAUCGUAUAUUAAUACAUAUGAGGUUUAUGAAAUUAUAAAAUGGCAUCUGUUUCGCAAGAUAUAACUGAGUUGGCGAGGCCUGAAGAUUUAGCAAAUACUCAAGAUCUAUAUGGUACUCGUAAUGGUAUAUUAUUUGUAGUUGAUGCAACUCCUCCAAUGUUCAUAAAGGAUGAAGACCAGGAAACUUCAUACUUUGUGGAAUCUAUAAGGCUGUAUAAGGAGAUCCUUAUGCAAAAGUUGGUUUGGAACAGACAAGAUUGGAUGGGUUUGGUGCUGUUUGGAAUUGAGAAGGGAGACCAAGAUACUGAAAUGAAAAACAUUUUAACUCUACAAAAACUAAACAUUCCUUCAAAGAGUUCAUUACAACAAAUGAUAGAAAUAGAUGAUGAAGGAAGAUGGGAGGAGUACAAAGAUAUUGCGUGCACCAAUGUUUAUCCAUUACACGAUGUGUUAUGGCAUGCAGCAAGAGUAUUUUGCUCUGUUAGGGUAACUAUGCUAGUCAAGAAAGUGAUUCUUCUUACGUGUCAAGAUAAUCCUCCAAUGACAAAUGACAAUGAAAAACGCAGAAUAGUAGCAAAAGCGAAAAGCUACAGUGAUUUAGGACUCAAAUUAUCCAUUGUUGGUCUAGGUGAAGACUGGAAUCAUGAUUUGUUUUAUAAAGAUUUAGAAAUUUCAUCCGGAAAGAUUGAUACAGAAAAUUGUAAAAGAACAUCUCUAGUUGAUCUGAUGCAACAAAUAAAAUUACCAUCCAGAAGCAUGGCAAAAUUGCCUUGGAGACUUGGAAAAAAUGUAAUUAUCGAUGUAAACCUGCGCAGUCUUGUCGUCAAACGGGAGACUUUGAAGAAGGUGUAUGUAAGUAAAGAAUCCAAUAAACCUUUAACUUCGCAUAGAUACUUGAAAACGGUUGACAAUGAGAUGUUUGAAGAUGAUAACUUUAAAGAACCGACGUUACCACAUGUUUUAGACAUAAAUAUUCGAAAGUACAAACAGUAUGGUGGUAAAAAAAUAUAUUUUACUUUACCCGAAGUGAACACUUUGUGCUCAGUUUGUGAGCCAGGCAUCGACUUAAUUUGUGCGAAGCCUAUUUCUUACCAUCCUUUGUAUCAUUUGGGAAAACCAUACUUUGUUGCACCUGCUAAAAGUAACCGCAAAGAUAAUACGUUAUUGUUUGCUGCAUUAAUUGAUAAAUGUAAAUCAAAGAAUUUAAUGAUGAUAUGUGCGGUGACAUUUAGGAAACGCUCGUCCCCGCUUCUGUACAGAAUGAUACCGAAUGCGGAAAAAGGGGGAUUUUAUUUACUCAAAAUACCAUUCAGAGAAUACGUUCGAGAUCUUGAAAGUGUUUCCUUGCAGUACAUGUAUGACAAUGAUACUAACAAACCUCCAACCGAAUCACAUGAAAUAAAACUGCUAGAAAAAAUAAUGAAGAAAAUAAGAAUUCACUAUGACCCAAGUGCUUUCUACAAUCCAAAAGUUCAAGCGCAAAUUCAAAUGCUUCAAACUGUGGCUUUAGACUGGGAAAAACCUGAGCCUAUACUUGAUGAUACCCUUCCACGAAUCGAGGAAAUGCAAGGACUUACAAAGGAUCUGUUAACUCAGUACAAUGAAAUAUUUGACACUGAAACAAUGUGUAAAACCGAAGAACCAGCAAAAAAGAAAGUUAAGAAAGAAUCUGACAUAGAAGACGCGGCAUUGCUGGACAAAGAAGCGAUUCGGAAGCUUGCACAAAAGGGACAGUUGUCAUCUAAGACUGUACCAGAGUUGAAAGUCAUGUGCAAGAACAUAGGUUUAACAGUAUCUGGGAAGAAAAAUGAUUUGAUUCAGAGGAUUAAACAAUAUUAUAAAUCUGAAUGUUGAUUCUGAAGAGAAUAAGUGAUACAUUACAUUAAAAAAUGUGUAUUUACACUCUUACCAUGUAUAAUAAAGUGUGCAUACAAAUGUAUAUUUUAAUAUUUAUAAUCGAAGUAUCUGCUCAUUUUCUAUUAAUACUUCUUUGUGUGAAACAAAUGCAUUGUAUGAUAAAAUAAAGUCAAUAAAAAUAGUAGUUUGAUA